CGGAAUUGGAAGAAUGACUUGGGCCAUGAAGAUGUCCAGCUGGAGUUGGUUACAAUGGAGCCGAAGCAAUAUAUUAUAAAAGGCCCCCCUCCUAUUCAUCAGUCUUAUGUUCCUGAUCUUCCCUCUGUGUUGGUUUGACACAGGUGCGAGACAGACCACUCCUUUUCACCAUGUCUUACCAAACAAUUUCUAUUGCAAUUGUUGCAGCCGUAUACUUUGUACUGCGGCUAUUAAACCGGACAGACACCCCUAAGAUUAAGGGGCUGCCCGAGGUACCUGGCAUACCCUUAUUUGGCAAUCUUCUACAACUGGGUAUAGAUCAUGCCCGGGUGGCAAGGAGAUGGGCGAAGAAAUACGGCCCUGUUUUCCAAGUGCGGAUGGGUAACAAGCGUGUUGUAUUCGUCAACAGCUUCGACUCUGUCCGGCAGCUUUGGAUCAAAGACCAGUCUGCUCUCAUCUCGAGACCGACAUACCAUACGUUCCAUAGCGUUGUGUCCACCUCUCAGGGCUUUACCAUCGGCACAUCGCCCUGGGAUGAAUCAUGUAAACGGCGUCGCAAGGCUGCGGCUACGGCACUCAACCGUCCAGCAGUACAGUCGUACAUGCCCAUCAUCGACUUGGAGUCCACAACAAGCAUCCGGGAGCUGUUCCAGGACAGCAAGAACGGCACCAUUGAUAUCAAUCCCGCCGCGUACUUCCAGCGGUUUGCCCUGAACACCAGCCUGACAUUAAACUACGGCUUCCGCAUUGAGGGUAACAUCGACGACGAGUUACUUCGGGAAAUUGUUGUGGUUGAGAGGGGCGUGUCUAACUUCCGCUCCACCAGCAAUAACUGGCAGGAUUAUAUCCCUCUGUUACGGAUCUUCCCCACGAUAAACCGCGAGGCGGAUGAGUUUCGCUUGCGGAGAGACCGAUAUUUGACUCUGCUAUUGGAUAUUCUGAAGGAUCGGAUGGCCAAGGGCACGGAUAAACCAUGCAUUACGGGAAAUGUGUUGAAGGACCCUGAGGCCAAGUUGAAUGAAGCCGAGCUUAAAUCUAUCUGUCUCACCAUGGUAUCUGCUGGUCUGGAUACCGUGCCUGGGAACCUGAUCAUGGGAAUUGCAUACCUAGCUUCUGAAGAGGGGCAGAAGAUCCAACAAAAGGCGUAUAACCAAAUCAUGCAAGUCUAUCCCAAUGGUGAUGCAUGGGAGAGGUGUUUGGUGGAGGAGAAAGUCCCGUACGUCACUGCUUUGGUCAAGGAGACGCUGCGAUUCUGGACGGUCAUUCCUAUCUGUCUGCCACGAAAGAGCAUCAAGGACGUGGUAUAUCAGGGCGUCAAAAUCCCUGCUGGAACCACCUUCUUCAUGAAUGCCUGGGCUGCAGACUACGACGAAGAACACUUCGAUCAACCGACCGAAUUCCUCCCUGAACGUUACCUCGACACGGGCGAGGGAUCAGGAACUCCCCACUACGGCUAUGGAGCUGGCUCGCGGAUGUGCGCGGGGUCUCACCUUGCCAACCGCGAGCUCUACACGGCGUAUAUCCGCCUCAUCAUAGCAUUCACCAUGCACCCAGCUCAGGAUGAGAAGGAACGACCAAUCCUAGACCCGAUCGAGUGCAAUGCCAUCCCAACGGGAUUAACGACGGAACCAAAGCCGUUCAAGGUCGGAUUUAAGCCGAGAGAUCCGACGCGGUUGGCGCAGUGGAUCAAGGAGAGUGAGGAGCGGACGAAGGAGCUGUAGACUAUAGAUAUACACGGAUUGUGUGAGGAACUAUUUAUGAACAUGAUAGUUAUAUGAAUGGUUGGCUCCAUGGAAAUUUGCUGUAUUGAUCUUGCCGCAACCCACAGCGGUAUUUCUCCGCGCUUCUUUCCUAAAAUCCACUAGCGCAGUAGGCUGCCCCGGAUUCCCCAGAUUCUGCUGUAUUUAGCAUAGUGCGGGACGUGAGCAUUGUGGCAAUAGUCCAUUGUCCAAUGUGUCAUAACGUAAUCCACCACGAGCGGUUGAAUAGA